GGGCGGAGCGGGCGCUCGGUGCGGGUGCUCGGCGCCGCUCUCGCCAUGCGGGCGCUGCUGCUCCCGGCGCUGCUGCUCCCGGCGCUGGCCGCGGCGCGCGGCGGCACCACGGCGCUGGGUGAGGCGGACCAGGUGCGGAUGACCUCCGAGGGCUCCGACUGCCGCUGCAAGUGCAUCCUGCGGCCGCUCAGCAAGGACGCCUGCAGCCGCGUCAGGGACGGCAGCAUGCGGGUGGAGGACUUCUACACGGUGGAGACGGUGAGCUCGGGGGCCGACUGCAAGUGCUCCUGCACCGCGCCCCCCUCCUCGCUCAACCCCUGCGAGAAUGAGUGGAAGAUGGAGAAGCUGAAGAAGCAGGCGCCCGAGCUCUUCAAGCUGCAGUCCAUGGUGGACCUGCUGGAGGGGACGCUCUACAGCAUGGACCUGAUGAAGGUGCACUCCUACAUCAGCAAGGUGGUCGCCCAGAUGAACACCCUGGAGGAGACCAUCAAGACCAACCUGAGCAGGGAGAACGACUUCAUGAAGGAGAGCGUGCUGCACCUCACCGACCAGAUGAGACGCUACGAGAACUACUCCGACAUCAUGAUCAGCAUCAAGAAGGAGAUCUCCAACCUGGGCUACCAGCUGCUGCAGAAGGACGCUGCUGCGGUCCCUGACAGCAAGGCACAGGACACGGCGGGCGGCCACGGGAAGGGAGCCGCGCGGUUCCCCAGUCCCCGCAAGGCGCUGGCGGACAGGGCGGCUGCACGAGCGCCCAAGGAGAAGCCGCUCAAGCCUGAGAAGCCCAAGAAGGAAAACGUGAAGCGAGGCGGGUCGCAGCCCACGGCCAAGCCCAAGCCGCCCGCGCACCAGCAGACCGUGGUCCGGGGCAUCACCUACUACAAGGCUGGGCAGGCGGAGGAGGCGCAGGGGGCGGCUGGCAGCCGCGAGAGCACCGCCAGGGGGGCGGCUGUGCCCGAGCGGCAGGAGGAGAGGGGCCCCACGCCCCCUCCGGCCGAGAGCACCCCGUCCCGUCCCGGCACACGGGCAGAGACCACCGUGCCCAGCACCACGGCUGUGCCCAGCACCGCUUUGGCCCCUCGCACCGCCGCCCGCAGCCCCCCCAGGGACGGGGCCGACAGCACCAGCGGCCCCGAAGUGCCCAACAGAGUGAAGGAGGUGGAGUGUGAAGGCACCAUCAAGUCGGUGGAGCCCCCCACGGAGCACCACAGCUACGGGCGCAACGAGGGGGCCUGGAUGAAGGACCCGGCGGCCAAGGAUGACCGCAUCUAUGUCACCAACUACUACUACGGCAACAGCCUGGUGGAGUUCAGGAGCCUGGACAACUUCAAGCAGGGCCGCUGGAGCAACCUCUACAAGCUGCCCUACAACUGGAUCGGCACCGGGCACGUGGUGUACCGGGGCGCCUUCUACUACAACCGUGCCUUCACCAAGAACAUCAUCAAGUACGACCUGAAGGAGCGUUACGUGGCAGGCUGGGCGCUGCUCCACGACGUGGUGUACGAGGACACAACGCCCUGGAAGUGGAGGGGGCACUCGGACAUCGACUUUGCAGUGGAUGAGAGCGGGCUCUGGGUCAUCUACCCCUCAGUGGACUACGACUACUCGCAGCAGGAGGUGAUCGUCCUGAGCCGCCUCGACCCCGGGGACCUGUCAGUGCGCAGGGAGACCACCUGGAAGACGGGGCUGAAGCGCAACGCCUACGGGAACUGCUUCAUCAUCUGCGGCAUCCUGUACGCUGUGGACACCUACAACCAGAAGGAAGGGCAGAUCUCCUACGCCUUUGACACGCACACGGACACAGAGGCGGACCUCCGGCUGCCUUUCCUCAACGAGUAUGCCUUCACCACGCAGGUCGACUACAACCCCAAAGAGAAGGUGCUCUAUGCCUGGGACAACGGCCAUCAGAUGACCUACAGGCUCCACUUUGUGGUCUGAGCACCCGGCCGGGUCCAGGCACCCGGCAGCAGCCUGGCGCCGGCACCCGAGCUGGGCCGGGGCCACGGGAAGAGCCCGGCUCCCACCCCAGGGCUCUCCCAGCCAGCAGCCACCAGCAGGGCCGGGCUGUCAGGGCCCUGUGGUGCGGGGAGCGCCCCGGGGACACCCCCACGACACGGUGGCUGCUGAGGCUGCAGGGCCGGGUGCCACCACUGGCCGCUCGUCCGGCACUGCCUGCUGGAAGCCCCGGGGCUGCGGCAGGGCACGGGGCAGCCCGGCACCUCUCCCACCCCAAGCCGCUGUACGCGGCCUGGCCCCGUGCCCACUGCAGUCGUUGGUGCCCUUAGCACCCCCGGGACCUUGUCCUGUAGGGUGGCUGCAGCUCGGGCGCUGCCUCGCCGGCAGGAACAGCCGCUGAUUGCUAUUUUAGAAGAUGCAAAUGAGAUGCCUAUGCUUUUGCAAUUCAUUAGCUUGUUAUUUAAAUGCAUUCACAGGAGGCGUGCGCUGGCACGGAGCAGCCUGUCUGCAGCGCUGGUGUGUGUCCUGCGCCCUGCCUGCGCCCGGCACCGGGCGGGGAGGGGGCGCGAGGCCCUCCUGCGCUCCUCCCACGGCAGCGCGAGGGCCCAGGAUUGCUUUGCUUGGUUUCUGUCAUUUUAGAAGUGAACAGUAUUAAAAAGUAACAGACGUAAAAACA